AUGGCGGGCUCAUCGCGAAAUAUUCCGCAGCUCGAGACACCGAUUGGAGAUGGCCACUCUCCGCCAACGGCGAGACCCAAGCUGGCAGGCCAGAACAGAACAACUACAGCUCGGCUGCCUCCACCAACGUUGUUCAAGGGCCCACCGUCCAAAAAUGCAUCGCACAUCUCGUUGGUUCUCCCAGACGAGAGUCAGCGAAGAGAUCAAGACUCUACUAAUCGGAGUCGUGGGUUGCCUCGACCGUCCAAAAUACCGCCGGCUACUUCUUUCUCUGGGAGUUCAUUUCGCCACCCAUCCAUUCGUGUCGAUGAGUUCAGGGCAGAAAGCCAUUGGGCAGAGAUGCAGAAGACGCUGGCGGACGUCGAACUGUCCGCUAUGAAUCCGUCGCAUGUAUUUGGCGCAGACCAUGCCAAGGCGCUCGAGGAUUUGAGGACUGCACAAUUAUCGUUGGCUCAAGCCUGGGCGAAGAGUGAAGCUGACGAGAUCACGGACCAUGAGAAUGUCGAUGCUGAAGGAGGCGAUGUCAGUGCAGGCACCAAUUUUGGCCUCCCAAGCAGCAAGCGUGGCAGUCGCAGCAACAGCGCGUCUGGGGACAGAACGUUGGAGCAAGAAACCGAAAGGGAUAUUCAACUUGCUAGACGACGAAGGGAGGCCAACGAUCGUUAUUUCCAACAAGUAAAUCGUGGCGUGUUGGAUGUGGUGCUGCGGCUGGACGAGGUUGCAAGCGCAAUGAGACGUGUUGAGCGCGAGAGCAGAGAAAUCUGGAAUGACGAUGACAGUGCUCUGAGCGCGGGCGAUGCAGAGCUUACCGGCACCGAAAGUGGCGAUUUUGUCGAAACUCCAACUGAUGCCAGCGCGAGCGUGUUGGCAGACAGUCCUAUGAGCCACAGGACGUGA